CUCCCUUACUACAUCAGAAACACCACCAUGGCCGAUGUUGAAAUGAAGCCUCUCGACGACGUCGAAGCUAAAGAACACGACGAGAAGUCGUCCCCCGUCGCCGAAAUCAGGUCGAAUGUCGCGCUCAUCGAGAGGGCCGUGUCCACUCUCGAACCUCGCUUUACCCAUCGAGUUCUCCGUACUCUCACAGCAUUGCGAAAGAGGCUGGACGACGCGGUUUUGAGGGAUGCAAUUGGGGAAAUCUACACUAACGAUGACUCUCAAGCGAAGAAGGCGCUGCUUGUAUGGCUCCCUGCAGCCCCACCGCAAGACCACACAAUGGACGUGGACACCACACACGUACCCAGCACACACCCGAAGCACGCCCAGCCAGAGCCUGUACCCGAGUCGGAGAUCUACUUCCGCCUGCUCAUCCUGCACCACCUGCUCAUGUCGCCAAGCAACUACAAGAAAGCUAUGACUCUCGCGCAUGAGACUGUACAGCGGAUGCAGGCGCUGAACAGGCGUAGCAUGGACCCAAUCGCCGCAAAGGUGUGGUAUGCGGUCGAGCGGACGUAUGAGCUCUUAGGCGAACUCGCAGGCGCAAGACCACUAUUCCUCGCGGCCCAGCGCACCGCAUCGUUGCGGCACGACGCAGAGACGCAGGCGACCCUGAUUAACUGUAUCCUGCGCAGUUACAUCCUAUAUAAUCUUUACGACCAGGCGGACAAGUUCGUGACGAAGACAACAUUCCCUGCGAGCGCGGCGAACGCACAGUUUUCGCGGUAUCACUAUUACUUGGGGCGUAUUCACGCGGUACAGCUUAAGUACAGUGCGGCGCACGACGACCUCGAGCAGGCGGAACGCCGGGCACCGCCGCAGAGGACAGCGCCAGGCUUCUACCAAGCGGUGCAGAAGCUCAGUAUCGCGGUGAAGCUGCUCAUGGGCGAGAUACCCGAGCGUGGUCUAUUCAGACAGCCGGUGCUCGAGAAGGCAUUGAUUGGGUACUUCGAGAUCGUAAAGGCCGUUCGCAACGGCUCGCUGUCGCAGUUCCAGUCGACGCUGUCAAAGUACGCGGCAGACUUCGAGAAGGACAAAACGUACACGUUGAUCGUGCGUCUCCGUCAGAAUGUGAUCAAGACGGGCAUCCGGCGGCUGUCGCUCUCGUACUCUCGCAUUUCGCUGCGUGAUAUCUGCGUGAAGCUGCACUUGGAUUCGGAAGAGGAUGCGGAGUACAUCGUCGGUAAGGCGAUCCGUGACGGUGUCAUCGAGGGCCGUAUUGUGCAUGAGAAGGGCUGGAUGGAGUGUGGAGGACAGAAAGGCGGGUAUGGGCCGGAGGUCAGCGACGUGUUUACCGCGCGCAUCCAAUAUUGCACCAACUUGCACAAUGAAAGCGUGAAGGCUAUGCGCUAUCCGCUCAAUGCUCAUCGUAAGGAUCUGGUUGCGGCGGAAAAUGCACGAGAACGAGAGAGGGAGCUCGCAAAGGAGAUCGCGGAGGGCGGCGACCUGGAUGAUGAAGGACCGGACCUUGGGGAGGGGUUUUAAACGAUACCUUGCUGCGGAAAGGCAAUGUACCAUUUUCCUACUUCAGUUAAUGUCACAUCUGUGCUCAUUCGUGUGCACAUGAGUUCAUUCU